GUUGUCCACCUAAAUCAUUUGUAGGCGUGUGUAUCGUUGACGUGUCCCGCCCACUGGCCGGUCUGCAGAUUUGCAGAGAAACGAUUCAGAGUCAGUGCUCUGGUUAAAAAAAUGCACUCUGAUGCGGCAAUCGCCAAAUGUGCUAGUGGUCCACUCCCUACCAUCCCAAAUACACAAGCGGGUGUGAUAUAGAACAGCCGACGGCGUAGACGCAACAGCGCGACGCGGUGGUGCAGGGCCCCCGCGAGCGAGCGCGCGCGCGCAGACACACAGCUGGCUUAAACGUGUCCCCACAGCCUCUGCGGGCGAGCUAAUGAGCGUUAAGCGGGGUCGUGUGCGGGAUAUCCCUACUGAGCGUCCUGUAAUCCUUCCACUGGCACUUCCACCGGCAUGCGAAAACUUGGAUUUUCAGCUGAACUCCCACCUGUCUACUCUGGCCAGCAUUCACAAGAUCUACCACACGCUCAACAAGCUGAACCUGACAGAAGACAUUGGGCAGGACUCUCAUCCAACAGGCUCCCUGCACUCCUGCAGCUCCAGGGCCAUGCCCCCCAGGAAAAAGAGGAGACCCACCGCUGGGGACGACCUCUCUGCCAAGAAGAGCCGCCCGGACAGUAUGUUCAGAAAACACGAUGCCUCGCGGAUCAAGAAUGAAGACGCGUUCUCCAGCAAACGAUGCCUGGAGUGGUUUUAUGAAUAUGCAGGAUGUGAUGAUGUCGUUGGGCCGGAGGGUAUGGAGAAGUUCUGUGAGGACAUUGGAGUGGAGCCUGAGAAUGUGGUCAUGCUGGUUUUGGCGUGGAAGCUGGAGGCGCAGUGUAUGGGCUACUUCACCCUGCAGGAGUGGCUCAAAGGAAUGGGAGCCUUGCAGUGUGACUCCACAGAGAAACUGCGUAACAGUCUGGAUUACCUGAGGUCCAUGCUCAACGACUCCACCAACUUCAAGCUCAUCUACAGAUACGCUUUUGACUUUGCACGGGAGAAGGACCAAAGGAGCUUAGACCUUAACACUGCCAAGUGCAUGCUGGGAUUGCUGCUGGGGAAGAGCUGGCCGCUGUUUCCUGUGUUUAACCAGUUCCUGGAGCAGUCCAAAUAUAAAGUGAUAAACAAAGACCAGUGGUGUAAUGUGCUGGAGUUCAGCAGAACCAUUAACCUGGACCUUAGUAACUACGACGAAGACGGAGCAUGGCCAGUUCUGUUGGAUGAGUUUGUGGAGUGGUACAAAAGCAGGCCGAUCUCUCAGCACUGAACCUCAGCAGCAUCGGCCUGGCAGGAUCCCGCUCGUCGGACGGGACUGGCGUUUUUUCCCGCCAAACUGCCCACGUUUCAGGAAAGGGGUGGUGCGGGGAGGGGCGGGACAGUCACUCCCCACUGGUCUCUGUGUCAGCUGAUGUACAGAUUAGUGGAACCCCCCCAGCCCCACCCCUUCCCGAAGUAAAG